ACCUGUUGCUCUCAAACACAAAUGAGCCACUGAGCUGGGGCAAAGACCGGGAUGGGACAGAAGCCAGUUCCUUGCGGAUGGUCGGUCUGAGCAUGCAUCCUUCCGUUUCAUUUAAGGAACCUGAUCCGAUUGUGUGAUGUUACCCUCCGUCAUGACUUGAUGUGGAGGUUUUUUUUCCAUUAUUUAUAAAUACCUUCUAAAUAGAAGCUAGAACAGAAAGAAGAGUCAAGUUGAAAGAAGUCCAAGAGCUUUGAUUAGACUUAAAAGUAGCUGGCAAAGACUUGUGAUCCUUUUAAUAGUUCAACCUGCUGGAUUCUAAGUAUGGACCAAAUUCAUCCAGGUGAGACUACCCGAAAAAAGCCAUGGACGAAUGCGCCAAAGGUCCCGCGGAGAAGCUGAUGAACGAGGCUGUGGCCCGCUUCAACACCACCUUGCAGGCGGCCGUGAAGGAAGUCCACGUGGACGUGAGCGCCUUCAAGCAGCGCAUCGAGCAGCGUGUCGAUGAAAUGAGCAGCUCCAACCGACCCCUGGUCGAAGCCGUUAACAUGCUUCAGGAGGAGAACCUGCUGCUGCGCUCCAAGCUGGAGGCCCUCAGUCGCCUGGUGGAGGGUCUGGCCGGGGUGCAGAUCGACAGGAGUUCCCCCGGUGGGUCGAACGGACUUAAGGAGAUGCAGUCCAGGAACCGGGAAGGCCAGAGGGGCCUGGUAGGUCUGGCUACAUCCUCUGAAGAGUCAAUCGGAUCUGCAUGGAGGGCGAAAAAACUGAUGGCCAUGAAUGGGGUGGAGACCAAGGUAACGGAACAGCGGAACGGAACGCAAGCCCAGGGGCAGCUUGGUGGUCUCUUCGAACCUCACCUUCCCAUCACCGCCGUGAAAAAAGUCAGCUCGGAAGCUCCGGCCGUCGCCCACUCUCCUGUUUCCGUGUCGAAAACCACGACGGAAACCACAGUGAAAUCGUUCAUACAUAAAACUGGUGUAGAAGAACCCCAGCCUCAUUUUCCAAUCACUGCCACGGCCCCGAAACUGUAUCAGGAAGUAGAUGCCGCCGUCAAAACCGCCUACAAAACGGAGGAUCCAGCUGGAUAUGUACCUCUGAGAAAGGGGGUACUCGGAGUAUCCCAGGAUCAAUCAUCCUUCAUAUCCCAAACUACUUCAGUCCAUCACGCCGUCACUGCGGCCUCAAAAUCCGAUCCAUCUUUACCAGAAUCCCAGACGGUCAAACCGAGAGAGUACCCGUUUCGCCGCGACGUCAGCAGUGAUCUCAAGCCAGCCUCGGUGAAGGCCAACAUGGAUUCGCCGCCAGCUGCUAGUCCGACAUUGCAGGAACCGUCGGUUAAACCAGGGGAGUACCCCUUUAAGAGAGCUCCACUUCUGAAGACAUCGAGUCCAACUCUAAAGAGAAGUGUGAGCUUCCCUCAGCCAGCAGAAAAACUUCUGCCCUCUAAAUCAAUCGUCAAAACAGGUUUCGACAACAAGAAAGCUAACCCGCCCAGCGUCGACUUCAAACCAGACCCAGUGAAGUCGCACACGCUUCCACGCCCCAGCGGGGCUCAGGCCAAGCGCGCCCUCUUCGAGAGGAUGAACUCGGAGCCGACAAAGCCGAAGGAUUCCAAACCCAAACUGAAGCGAUCCCAGAGUUUUGGAGUUUCCAGCGCUAGUGGUAUUAAGCAGAUCCUGCUGGAGUGGUGCCGCUCAAAAACCAUUGGAUACAAGAACAUCGACAUCCAGAAUUUCUCCUCCAGCUGGAGCGACGGAAUGGCUUUCUGUGCUCUGGUUCACUCCUUCUUCCCUCUGGAGUUUGACUACAACACGUUACAGCCCGCCAACCGCAAGCAGAACUUGCAAACGGCCUUCACUAUAGCGGAGAAACAAGCUGACUGUCUCCGUCUGAUCGAGGUGGACGACAUGCUGGAAAUGGGAGACAAGCCGGACCCCAUGUGUGUGUUUACAUAUGUCCAGUCCCUGUACAACCACUUGAAGACGUUUGAGUAACUCUGUAUCAGAGAUCUUCAUCACAAAGAUGCAUAUUGUUGUUUUGCUACAAUAUAUAACCAUCACCAUGAAUAAGCAAUCUUUUAUUUUGAAUUGA